GAGAAACGUCAUCUGAUUCUCUGUCCCUACUGCUGCAGGGCCAACUGCAAAAGGGAACUGGUGUGUGUGUGUGUGUGUGUGUGUGUGUGUGUGUGUGUGUGUGUGUGUGUGUGUGUGUGAUGCUGAAACCACAGGACGGGGACUCCUGCAUGAUUGCUAUGGCCGACUCCAUGGCAAGAUGAAAACAUGCCUAGAAGCAGGAGCCGGCAGAGCAGCCUGAGAAGAUCGCCCAGCUGUUGCUGAUUCUGGCUGCGGGGAGAGGGAAGCCACCUGCGAGUACCGACCCUGGCACUGGCCACCAGCUGCGGCGCUGCCUUGAGCAUCCUCCGUAGCUCGCACAGCAGAGCCAACUGCAAAAGGCAAGAGAAUAAUCGCAAGGCCGGGACCCCCGCGGCUCUCCCCUAGCCCCUCGCCACUAGUGCGGGACCAGCACGGAGCUGACCGAGCCGCCGUAGGUGAGGGGCUGCGUCCCCGCCUGCCCAGGCCGGUGCGCCAACACGGAUCCCGCCGCCGCCGCGUCCCCUGCACCAUGACCGCUCUGCGCGCUGCGGUUACAGCUAACUUCAGCAUGCUCAAAAGGAAGCAGAGCUCCAGGGUGGAAGCCCAGCCAGUUACUGACUUUGGUCCUGAUGAAUCUCUGUCGGACAACGCUGACAUACUCUGGAUUAAUAAGCCAUGGGUGCACUCUCUGCUGCGUAUCUGUGCCAUCAUCAGCGUCAUCUCAGUGUGCAUGAACACGCCCAUGACCUUCGAACACUAUCCUCCUCUUCAGUAUGUGACCUUCACCCUGGACACUUUACUGAUGUUUCUCUACACUGCAGAGAUGAUAGCAAAAAUGCACAUACGGGGCAUUGUCAAGGGUGAUAGCUCCUAUGUGAAGGAUCGCUGGUGUGUUUUUGAUGGAUUCAUGGUCUUUUGCCUUUGGGUUUCUCUUGUAUUACAGGUGUUUGAAAUAGCUGACAUAGUUGAUCAGAUGUCACCUUGGGGCAUGCUGCGGAUUCCACGGCCACUCAUUAUGAUCCGGGCUUUCAGGAUUUAUUUCCGAUUUGAACUGCCAAGGACCAGAAUUACAAAUAUUUUAAAGCGGUCAGGAGAACAAAUAUGGAGUGUUUCAAUUUUCCUUCUCUUCUUCCUUCUUCUGUAUGGGAUUUUAGGGGUUCAGAUGUUUGGCACCUUUACCUACCACUGCGUAGUGAAUGACACGAAGCCAGGGAAAGUGUCCAGCAAUGUAGUGAAAGGAGAAAAAUGGGAAUUGGAGAAUUGUUUAAAACUCUUCAGAUGUAACAAGAUCUAUGGCACGAGUAUAUUCACAGUCUAUGAGGCUUCAUCUCAAGAAGGCUGGGUAUUCCUCAUGUACAGAGCAAUCGACAGUUUUCCACGCUGGCGCUCCUACUUCUACUUCAUCACACUGAUUUUCUUCCUUGCCUGGCUUGUAAAGAAUGUGUUUAUUGCUGUCAUCAUUGAGACGUUUGCAGAAAUCAGAGUACAAUUUCAACAAAUGUGGGGGACUCGGGGCAGCACAACUUCCACUGCCACCACACAGAUGUUCCAUGAAGACGCUACUGGCGGUUGGCAGCUGGUAGCUGUGGAUGUCAACAAGCCCCAGGGACGCGCCCCAGCUUGCCUACAGAGAAUGAUGCGCUCGUCAAUUUUCCACAUGUUUAUCCUGAGCAUGGUGACUGUGGAUGUGAUAGUCGCUGCCAGCAACUACUACAAGGGAGAGAACUUCAGACGGCAGUAUGAUGAAUUCUACCUUGCAGAGGUGGCUUUCACAGUCCUUUUUGACUUGGAAGCACUCCUGAAGAUAUGGUGCCUAGGAUUUACUGGCUAUAUCAGCUCGUCUCUCCACAAGUUUGAACUACUGCUUGUUAUUGGAACCACUCUCCAUGUGUACCCAGAUCUUUACCAUUCUCAGUUCACAUACUUCCAGGUUCUCCGGGUAGUGCGGCUCAUUAAGAUUUCACCUGCAUUGGAAGACUUUGUGUACAAGAUAUUUGGUCCUGGGAAAAAACUUGGAAGCUUGGUAGUAUUCACUGCCAGCCUCUUGAUUGUCAUGUCAGCCAUUAGUCUACAGAUGUUCUGCUUCGUUGAAGAACUGGACAGAUUCACCACAUUUCCAAGGGCCUUUAUGUCCAUGUUCCAGAUCCUCACCCAGGAGGGGUGGGUGGACGUGAUGGACCAGACCCUGAACGCCGUGGGGCACAUGUGGGCGCCGGUGGUUGCCAUCUACUUCAUCCUCUACCAUCUCUUCGCGACUCUGAUCCUCCUGAGUUUGUUUGUUGCUGUUAUUUUGGACAACUUAGAACUUGAUGAAGAUCUAAAGAAGCUUAAACAAUUAAAGCAAAGUGAAGCAAAUGCGGACACCAAAGAAAAGCUCCCUUUGCGCUUGAGAAUCUUUGAAAAAUUCCCAAACAGACCACAAAUGGUGAAAAUCUCUAAACUUCCUUCAGACUUUACAGUUCCUAAGAUCAGGGAAAGCUUCAUGAAACAGUUCAUUGACCGCCAGCAACAGGACACCUGCUGUCUCUUCAGAAUCCUCCCUUCCACCUCUUCCUCAUCAUGUGAUAAUCCCAAGCGGCCCACAGCUGAAGACAACAAAUACAUUGAUCAAAAACUCCGCAAGUCUGUUUUCAGCAUCAGGGCGAGGAACCUUCUGGAAAAGGAAGCUGCAGUGACAAAAAUCUUAAGAGCAUGCACUCGACAGCGCAUGCUGAGCGGAUCAUUCGAGGGGCAGCCAGCAAAGGAAAGGUCGAUCCUCAGCGUGCAGCAUCACAUCCGCCAGGAGCGCAGGUCACUAAGACAUGGAUCCAACAGCCAGAGGAUCAGCAGAGGCAAAUCUCUUGAAACCUUAACUCAAGAUCAUUCGAAUACAGUGCGAUACAGAAAUGCACAAAGAGAAGACAGUGAAAUAAAAAUGAUUCAGGAGAAGAAGGAGCAAGCAGAGAUGAAAAGGAAAGUACAAGAAGAGGAGCUACGAGAGAACCACCCAUACUUUGACAAACCCCUCUUCAUCGUGGGGCGGGAGCACAGGUUCAGAAACUUCUGCCGUGUGGUGGUUCGAGCACGCUUCAACGCAUCCAAAACAGAUCCUGUCACGGGAGCAGUGAAAAAUACAAAAUACCACCAACUUUAUGAUUUGCUGGGACUGGUCACCUACCUGGACUGGGUCAUGAUCACUGUAACCAUCUGCUCUUGCAUCUCCAUGAUGUUUGAGUCCCCCUUCCGGAGAGUCAUGCACGCACCGACCUUACAGAUCGCUGAGUAUGUGUUUGUGAUAUUCAUGAGCAUUGAGCUUAAUCUGAAGAUUAUGGCAGAUGGCUUGUUUUUCACUCCAACUGCUGUCAUCAGGGACUUUGGUGGCGUCAUGGACAUAUUUAUCUAUCUUGUGAGCUUGAUAUUUCUUUGUUGGAUGCCUCAAAAUGUGCCUGCUGAGUCGGGAGCUCAGCUCCUGAUGGUUCUUCGGUGCCUAAGACCUCUGCGGAUAUUCAAACUGGUGCCCCAAAUGAGAAAAGUUGUUCGAGAACUUUUCAGUGGCUUCAAGGAAAUUUUUUUGGUCUCCAUUCUGCUGCUGACGUUAAUGCUUGUUUUUGCAAGCUUUGGAGUUCAGCUCUUUGCUGGAAAACUAGCCAAGUGCAAUGAUCCCAAUAUUAUCAGAAGGGAAGACUGUAAUGGCAUCUUCAGAAUUAAUGUAAGUGUGUCCAAGAACUUAAAUUUAAAACUAAGACCCGGAGAGAAAAAGCCUGGAUUUUGGGUGCCCCGUGUUUGGGCGAAUCCUCGGAACUUUAACUUUGACAAUGUGGGAAAUGCCAUGCUGGCAUUGUUUGAAGUUCUGUCCUUGAAAGGCUGGGUAGAAGUGAGGGAUGUCAUUAUUCAUCGUGUGGGGCCGAUCCACGGAAUCUAUAUUCAUGUUUUCGUAUUCCUGGGUUGCAUGAUUGGACUGACGCUUUUUGUUGGUGUGGUCAUUGCUAACUUCAAUGAAAACAAGGGGACAGCCCUGCUGACGGUAGAUCAGAGAAGAUGGGAAGACCUCAAGAGCAGACUGAAGAUUGCACAGCCUCUUCAUCUCCCACCUCGGCCCGAUAAUGAUGGUUUUAGAGCUAAAAUGUAUGACAUAACCCAGCAUCCGUUUUUUAAGAGGACAAUUGCGCUGCUGGUUCUGGCCCAGUCUGUGUUGCUGUCUGUCAAGUGGGAUGUCGAGGACCCUGUGACCGUUCCUUUGGCAACAAUGUCAGUCGUCUUCACCUUCAUCUUUGUUUUAGAGGUUACAAUGAAGAUCAUCGCGAUGUCACCAGCUGGGUUCUGGCAAAGCAGAAGAAACCGAUACGAUCUCUUGGUGACGUCUCUUGGUGUUGUCUGGGUGGUGCUCCACUUUGCUCUCCUGAAUGCAUAUACCUACAUGAUGGGAGCCUGUGUGAUUGUCUUUAGAUUUUUCUCCAUCUGUGGAAAGCAUGUGACAUUAAAGAUGCUCCUUCUGACCGUGGUUGUCAGCAUGUACAAGAGCUUCUUUAUCAUCGUAGGAAUGUUCCUCUUGCUGCUGUGUUAUGCCUUUGCUGGGGUUGUUCUGUUUGGCACCGUAAAGUAUGGAGAGAACAUUAACAGGCACGCCAAUUUUUCUUCAGCUGGCAAAGCCAUUACGGUACUGUUCCGAAUUGUCACGGGAGAAGACUGGAACAAGAUUAUGCAUGAUUGUAUGGUCCAGCCUCCAUUUUGUACUCCAGAUGACUUUACAUACUGGGCAACAGACUGCGGCAACUACGCAGGGGCCCUUAUGUACUUCUGCUCCUUCUACGUCAUCAUCGCCUACAUCAUGCUGAAUCUGCUCGUCGCUAUAAUUGUGGAGAAUUUCUCCUUGUUUUAUUCCACUGAAGAGGACCAGCUUUUAAGUUACAAUGAUCUUCGCCAUUUUCAAAUCAUAUGGAACAUGGUGGAUGAUAAAAGAGAGGGUGUGAUCCCCACCUUCCGAGUGAAGUUCCUGCUACGGCUGCUGCGUGGGAGGCUGGAAGUGGACCUUGAUAAAGACAAGCUCCUUUUUAAGCACAUGUGCUAUGAGAUGGAGAGGCUGCACAAUGGUGGUGAUGUCACCUUCCAUGAUGUCCUGAGCAUGCUGUCCUACCGCUCUGUAGACAUCAGGAAGAGCCUGCAGUUGGAGGAGCUACUGGCAAGGGAGCAGCUGGAGUACACCAUAGAGGAGGAGGUGGCUAAGCAGACGAUUCGCAUGUGGCUGAAGAAGUGCUUAAAACGCAUCCGGGCUAAACAGCAACAGUCAUGCAGCAUCAUCCACAGCCUGAGGGAGAGCCAGCAGCAAGAGCUGAGCCGGUUCCUGAACCCUCCCAGCAUCGAGACCACCCAGCCAAGUGAGGACAGCCACGCCGGCAGCCAGGACCACAGCACGCAACCUGAGACAAGCAGUCAGCAGCAACUCUUGAGCCCUACUCUGUCAGACAGAGGAGGAAGUAGGCAGGAUGCAGCAGAUCCUGGAAAACCCCAAAGGAAGUUCGGGCAAUGGCGUCUGCCCUCAGCCCCCAAACCAAUAAGCCACUCGGUGUCUUCUGUUAACCUGCGGUUCGGAGGAAGGACAACAAUGAAGUCGGUGGUGUGCAAGAUGAACCCCAUGCCUGAUACGGCUUCCUGUGGCUCUGAAGUUAAGAAGUGGUGGACCAGGCAGCUGACCGUGGAGAGCGACGAGAGUGGGGAUGACCUUCUGGAUAUCUAGAUGGGAACCCAGACAAAGGAAGUCAGAGGGUCAAAACUGCUACCUAACAGGAAACACCAUCAUUCGGCAAGCAAACUGUAAUUGCUAUACACUGAAUUUCACCUGGGCAUUGGGUUUCCUAAAUUGAGUUUUGUCUGUUUGUAGGAAUGUUCUAUCAAAGAGUAUGAUGUUGUGGGAUUCUUGUUAUGUAUUAAAGAAAAUUUGGGCUGAUGCUAUAGGCCAGUGAAAGAUCACUUGCCCAACAUGUGCGAAGCCCUGUGUUUGAAUCCCAGAAACACAAGAAAAUGUGUAUAAUGCAGUAUUGAUUGUAUUAGCAUCAAUGCUAGAUGUAUAUCAAGCAUCCGUGCAUCCUGUCCGUGUAAGCUAAGAUGUAUUCACCUGUACUCCUGUGUGAUAUUACUUCUCCCAACGAGCGCUAAGGCCGAAGUGGCCCAUAUUUGUAGUGCAGGAGUUACAGCUCUAGUUCACUUUCCCCGCUUGCAAUAGUCAUACUUCCCUUGGGAGAAACUAUUUAUGAUUGAUCUGAAAAGGUCAGCACUGAGUUCGUGCUAAAAUGAUAGCAGCGUCAAAACUACAGAUUUUGAAUUUUUAAAAGCAUAUUCCUUUUCUCGUUAUUUUUUAAGAUAUGCAAGAAGUUCUUAAGAAUCAGAGCAAUUUGAUUUCUCUCUCCAAGUUCUCUAAUGGAAGUGUUUCCUGCCCCCAAGAAAGUAGUGCAGGUAGGUCUCAUAUAAAGGGACUGGCCCAGAUGCUAACUGGUGUAAAACCAACCUGUAGGUGUGUUACUUUGGGGACAUGAUGAGACAAAAAUAUUUUGAAAUCUUUAAAAGUUCUCUGACUAACUGAGCUUAGAAAACAGAGUAAAAGCAUUAGACUCCACUUGGCUAAAUGUUUUGCAUUUGGGAGGGUCUCGUGCACGGCAUGACUCACCUUUGCUGCAGGCAUUUUGCUAUGACUCAACAGGAAUAUUAUGGGUUGGCACUAACCCCCCAUUGCAAUGCUAGGGUCAACGUCACUUCCCUGCUGCCAGGGUCACCUAUGGAGAUAACAGGCGGGUGUGGGGCUAUCUCUGACUCCAUUUGGGAAAUACCACAGUGUAACUGUAUUUUUUCCCACAUGUCAUUGGUGCAUGUACUCAUGGAAACUUAGACCAACAAAAUUAUCAGAAAACACUGAUGGAACCUGGCUGGGCAGGGGCCUCGCUGAGUUGUCAUUAUCAGUUGCAAGCCUGAUAUUCAGAUUAUUUUAAGAGACUGAGUAUGUGAAAGCCUCUAACACGUAGGCUGCUUUAUGAUGCCCUUUUCUAUAUUUAACAUUCUUCAAAUAGCUAAACAUCAUGGCCUCUCUACACAAAAAAAGUGAUGUUAUGUGACUAUCUGUUGCUUAUACAAUUACUUGUGACUGUGAUGUAACUGGCAAUUCAAGUGUGUGCAGCCAAGGGGGAUUUUUAUUUGGUUUUAUGUUUGCUCAGCAUUUGAUUUUUGUGUAUAAAAACAAAAUAAAUAUUGUAUGUGCA